GCUCAAUGACGUAAUUGUUGCGAUGGCAUUGCGUCGCGCAUCAGUGACGCAGAGUGGCGCCUUCACUGUGUCUGGAUGAAAUCGGAGCUGGCGAUGCCUGAAUUUGAUUUUUCAGAUAUUUUAAUAGUUUAAUCUGUGAAUGGCGCCAAAACAGGACCCUAAGCCUAAAUUUCAAGAAGGUGAACGAGUUCUGUGUUUUCAUGGGCCAUUGCUCUACGAAGCUAAGUGUGUAAAAGUUAAUAUCAAGGACAAGCAAGUGAAAUACUUCAUUCAUUAUAGCGGAUGGAAUAAGAACUGGGAUGAAUGGGUUCCUGAAAGCAGAGUGCUCAAGUAUGUGGACACCAACCUGCAGAAACAAAAAGAGCUUCAAAAGGCCAACCAGGAUCAUUAUGUUGAGGGAAAGAUGAGGGGCAUCGCACCAAGCAAGAAGAUAGCUGCUGUGCAGCAGAAAAAUGUUGAUCUGAAAACCAAGAAGAACAAACAGAAAAGUGGUGAUGUUCUGCGCGCAGCACCAGGGGCCGGGGAGGGGACCAGCGCAGGGGAGAUGCCACAGCCCCCGCGUAAGAAGAGGGCGCGAGUCGACCCAACCGUGGAAAGUGAGGAGACGUUCAUAAACCGAGUGGAGGUGAAGGUGAAGAUCCCAGAGGAGCUGAAGCCCUGGCUGGUGGAUGACUGGGACCUGAUCACCAGGCAGAAGCAGCUCUUUCACCUACCUGCCAAGAAGAAUGUUGAUACCGUUCUAGAGGACUAUGCAAACUACAAGAAGUCAAGAGGCAACUCUGACAACAAGGAGUAUGCUGUGAAUGAGGUGGUGGCGGGGAUCCGGGAGUACUUCAACGUCAUGCUGGGCACCCAGCUGCUGUACAAGUUCGAGAGGCCGCAGUACGCAGAAAUUCUGGCCAACCACCCCGAUGCCCCCAUGUCCCAGAUCUACGGGGCCCCACAUCUGCUCAGGCUGUUCGUGCGGAUCGGAGCCAUGCUGGCCUACACCCCCUUGGAUGAGAAGAGCCUGGCUCUGCUGCUCAACUACCUGCAGGACUUCCUCAAGUACCUGGUGAAGAACUCGGCCACUCUGUUCAGUGCCUGCGAUUACGAGGUGGCCCCCCCUGAAUACCACCGGAAAGCAGUGUGAGCCGAGCAACACUUUCACCGGGUAAUUGUCUACGGAAGAAGGAGCCACAGUUUUUCCUCAGCCGCAGGUAAAGCUUUUAUCCUCCAAUAGGAAAGAAAAAGACUUUUUUGUUUCUCCACGCCCCUCUCGGAAACUUUCAGAAGUCGGCCGGCCUGAAGGAACCCACCUCCUCGACCUGCCCCGUCUCUACCUGCCCCACCACCACCCCCAACUGGGGAGAAGGCUUCAGACUCAUGUAAAUAGAUCAGUUGGGUUAGAUGUCAAGUCUUAACUUGUUAUUCUACAACCGAAGCAGGGAAAUGAGAUUGGCACGCAUCUACCAGUAUUAGAGGAACUGCUUGUGCAUCCGGCUCCUAAGGUUACCGGUCAUUCCCCCGGAGAUUUUAUUUCUCCACGUACUGCUAUUCGGAGCGCAGCUCAGAACUUUGUCCACCAGGUAUUCCUAAACACGUUUUUCAGGUUUCGUAGAAACGUGGGUUCCGGCCCGUAACCCUUGACGAGGCCCGGUCAAGUGCGUUCGUGCGUUUGUGUUGUGGCAACAACAGAUGGAAGGGUUUUUUUAUUUUUUAUUUUUUUGGUGACUUAAUAAAAGCCAGUGUCCUCACUGGCAGAUUCAUGUUCAUGGUCUUUUAUUGUUUUGUACGCUGACCUUGCGCACUUAAUUGCCCUCGGGGUAAAGGACAGCCCAAGGGGUCAUGGUAAAAGCAGGCGGAGAUGUCGCUGUCCGUUCAAGUGACCGUUUAAGCAUGUUGAAACGAUUUUACAUUCAUUUCCGUUCUUGAAUCUUAAACCUGCUCUUCUGCUGAGGUCGAGGUGUAUCUACGUAUUGUAAAAGAAAAAGUCCCCAGUUUAAGAAAAUAUCACAGCCCCCCUUUCCCCCUUCUUGCAUAGAAAUGAGGUUGAUCUGUGUUAUAAUAAUGUGGGUACAAAUGUCAGGACUUCAUCCUGAACUGGCAGAUUGGUUUCUGCUAUCUGGUUUUGUGUACUUUAUCUGUUCAAAGCAAUUUAAGGUCAGCUUCAGCAUUAAGGCUUAUCCUUAAUUGAUUUCUGGUUAAAAGAACUCAAGUCUGUGGAAAUCAAACCAUCAUACACAAGAAUCAGGACAUUGUGACUUCAAGUUAAAUUGCGUUUCCUGACAUCGCUUUGUGAACGUGGUUAUCAUUUGGACGUGUUUUUGAAGUGCAAAAGGUUUCUGAAGUCUUUUAUUCAUUGUGACGUGCGUCCAAUUUCCCUGAAGGCCAUUUUAUUUCCUCAUCUAAAAAAGAUGGAAUUGUCCAGUUUUUUCCCCCCCAUCAACAUUAUUUCCCUGUGUUCACAAGCACUGUAAAUAAAACUCUUUUAAAUAUG